UCCUCUGAGAUAUUCUGAUUUGCAAUUCAUCAAUUUCUUCUUCUUCUUCCAUAUAGCCGGAGAAACACGAUGAAGAGAGUAAAUUACAACAAUACCCUCCCGGAUAAAAGUCGAACCUUGCCGGUUGAUCCAACUCUCCCGAGAUGGGCAUGCCAGAACUGUCAACAAAAUCUCUCUAUAGUCGGCGGCGGUGGCGGCGGCGGCGGCGGCGGCGUUGAUUUUUACGCCGACAAACUCUUCAAUGACUCCUCGUUUCGUUUCGGGAUGGGGAAGAUGAUGGAAGAUUCUUUUGUGGUUUUGCCUCCACCUGCCGCUUCAGUAUAUAAAACUGACUCUGCAUAUUUUCCUACUGCUGAUGGAGGAAUGGAAAGGGAUCAUGUUCAUCAUAAUGGGUCGGGAUUUAAUUCCACUAUAACCGUGUUGAAUCGUGUAUCUGAUAUUGCCACGAAUCAGAAACAGGUUGAGCAACCUUUGUGCUUGGAGUGCAUGAGGAUGUUGUCAAACAAGCUUGAUAAAGAGGUUGAAGAUGUGAAUAGAGACAUACAUGCUUAUGAGGCAUGCCUUCAACGUUUGGAAUUAGAGUUCAGAGAUGUUCUUAGUGAGACAGAUUUUCUUAAAGAGAAAUUAAAGAUUGAAGAAGAGGAGAGGAAACUUGAAGCAGCAAUUGAGGAAACAGAAAAACAGUGUGCUAAAGUGACUGCUGAACUGAUGGAAUUAGAAACAAAGUCUACCCAGUUUGGAGAACUAGAAGAGAGGUACUGGAAUGAGUUCAAUAACUAUCAGUUCCAGUUGACCUCUCACCAGGAAGAAAGAGAUGCUAUUUUGGCCAAGACGGAAGUUUCACAGGCGCAUUUAGAGUUGUUGAAAAGAACUAGCGUGCUUAAUGACGCCUUCCAUAUUGGGCAUGAUAAAGAAUUUGGAACUAUCAACAAUUUCAGAUUGGGAAGACUUCCAACAGUGCCGAUUGAAUGGGAUGAAACAAACGCUGCUUGGGGCCAAGCCUGCCUUCUCCUGCAUACAAUGACCCACUAUUUCCGGCCUAAAUUCAUAUCUCGGAUAAAGAUUCUUCCCAUGGGAAGUUAUCCUCGCAUUGUGGACAGUGGAAACAAUGCAUUCGAGUUGUUUGGUCCAGUAAAUAUGUUCUGGAGCACUCGCUACGACAAGGCAAUGACAUUGUUCUUGAUUUGCUUUAAGGACUUCUCCGAGUUUGCAAAUUGUCACGACAAGGAGAAUAACAUACCAUCGGACAAAUGUUUCAAGCUUCCCUACAAGAUUGAGAAUGACAAAGUGGAAGGCUAUUCCAUCACUCGUAAAGACGAGAACUCUACUAAAGCUCUAAGAUACAUGGUGUGCAACUUAAAAUGGGCUCUCUAUUGGUUUGUAAGGAAUACGAAUUUCUAGCCUCAUGCAGUUCCAGCAGCAACAGGUUCUUUGACUCCAAGCCUGGAUCUCAACUCGUAGAUAUUGCGUUAUAUAUUAUUGAAAAGGGACAUUAGGUAAAUGUAACUAGGCUCGUCUUUAGAGGGGAUUUGAGACAAUGAAAUGUUUGUUUGGUUAAUUCAUGGAAUCUACAACAUUUUGAAUAUAAUUGUGUCAUGGACACUUGGGAAGCAAUAAAUAAGGAAUGCUGCCAUCACUAUUUCUGAAUCACAAAGGUGCUUUGAAUGAACAUGUGGAUCAUUUGUUU